AUGUUGUCUCGAAGCUGUAAGUGGUGGCUAGAUGCUGGAGAUGCCGAUCAUCUGGUGUUUAUAGAUAUAACGGCUCAUUCCAUUGAGUUCGCCCCAGGUUGUUCGUAUGACGGGCUUUUCGUCUUCGAUGGAAAACAAUCCAGUUUGUUAAAGGCCGUGUGCGGUACAGUAUCACAUAGGUCCAUUCAGUUAUACAAGUCUACUGGCCAGUAUGCAACGUUAUGGUUCCGGUCAGACUCCAGUGUCCAGCUCCAGGGUGCCACACUUCGAUACUUCCGCUACCCGAAAACUACUAGCAGCGUCUGUCCAACAGCCAUGCCUCUAAACGCGACAACUACGAUACAAUACCUGUAUUCCCCGGGAUUUCCUGUGCUGCCAGACGUUACUGAAGACUGUUCCUGGCUAAUAACAGCCGUAUCGACCACUGAUGACAUUAUUCUGGAGGUCUUAUAUUCCAACAUGGUUUCUGGGGAAGUCUGCUUCACCGAUAUCCUCUAUAUCUACGAUGGGGUUGCUGACACUGACACAGAGCUAGCACAGGUGUGCUCCGACAAAGUGAACUUUGUCAGCGUGAUUGUCAUAUCAUCAGCAGAUAAAAUGUUCCUAAAGCUCAGUAAACAGUACAGCCUGUCGUCUAGAACUGGAUUCGUCGUAUCUUACAACUCCACUUACAGAGGACGGACAGUGGCUACAACUACUACGGUGCCGGCUAUUCCGACCUUUUCCGUUUGCAGUACUGACCGGGUUUCGGCCUCUUCCACCCUCCAACAAAUUACUUCACCUAAUUAUCCCGACCUCUAUGGAAACUUCCGCAACUGUUACCUGGUGAUCGAGGCACCACAAGGGGAGCAGAUUUUCCUGAAUCUCGUGGACUCUGCCAUACAGAGUAGUAUUGGUUGCUCGAACGAUGGCUUGGCCAUUUAUGACGGUUCGUCCUCAAGCGCGGUGCAGCUGGGAUUGUUCUGUGGUGAGGAUCAGACGGCAAGCAUCAACAGCACUGGCUCAAGUUUAACCUUGUUUUUCUACGGCGAUGGUUCCAGCUCCAACAGGGGGUUCAAACUGGAAUUCACGUCCGCAAUCCACGUGCUUCCUGAUUGUAUCGACUCCAGUGUUAACAUCACCUACCUCAACGCGACCUCCACCGUUCAGUACAUCACCUCACCCAACUAUCCACAACCCUACAACUUGAAUGAGGACAUGUAUUGGAUAAUCUACGACGUGACAGAAUCUGGUAUCAUCAAGAUAGAUGUAUUGGAAUCCAGGAUUGAAGCUAGUUACCAUUGUGUGUUUGAUAGGGUCACAGUCUACAAAGGGCCUUGUGCAUCCUAUCCCCAGCUAGGGACAUUCUGUGGAGAAGAGAAAAAAACGUACUACCAAGAUGUCGGGGACUAUGCCUUACUUAUCUUCACUUCAGACCGAAGUGUUACAUUCAAAGGAUUCAAUAUGUCAUACGUGCUCGUGUCUUCAACACCAGAGAAGGAGACAGAUUACACACUUCUGAUACGCGCGAUCAUUGGGGGAGUAUUGGGUGUAUUGGCUCUUGCUGGAUUGAUAUUUGUGAUCGUAAGGAUGGUUCAAGUAUGGCGCUCGACAGCCCCUAUUGCCGCUGUGAAGAGAAGGCGAGACUCUGAGAGCAGUACCUCAUCCGCAUUCGUCCGCACGACUCACGCACUCACGGCACUGUCUAGCAUGAGGAUGCCGCUGCUGAGGUCGACUGCCAAACCAAAGAAACCUAAAUUACUUAGAUUACGCACUUAAGGUUGAGUAAAAAAAAUAAUACUCUGGAGAUGAAAGGUUAAUCCGUGAAGCCAUAUACGUGAUAGUUGGAUUGGCCGAAUUUAUUGAUCACGUCGAGUCGAGCCAUCAACAAAGAUUAUAAAAUAGACGUCUCCGUGAAUCUUUUCACAUGUAAUUGUUUAAGAUUUCAUCAUUUAUGCAAAUAUGUUGUUUUUAGUUUUCUAACUUGUUGAGCUAAUGAAGUGUUAAUGUCUUGGUAUUGAACUUGUUGUGGUAAUCAAAACGCUUUUGUAGAUUUAAAACAAAGGACUGGAAAUGGAGAAAGUGAGAUACAGAACACGUGUUUCUAUCUGUGCUUCAUACAUGUAUAACAUUUUAUUGUCUACCGCCAAGCGCACAUUAUCCACUGCUAUAUCUAUAUAGUAGGCUAAACAUGAUAUUUUCUCGGAUCAAUCGAUGAUCGUUGAUUAGUAAUGUAUGGAUGUGAAGGCUACUGAGAGUUGUAUGUUGAAAACAUUUGAUAGCGAUGCUAAUUUAUUAAUGUUUGAUGUUUACUUUGUCAUGUGUUUAUCUUAACAACAAUCCGUCCUAUAUAUUGUAGUUAGAUGCCAUCAUACGUAUUUAAAAUUUAUAUUGAUAAUUGUUUUUAUAUGUUUGAAUUUAUAUUGUCGUCGACAUAACGCAUUAGCUAGGUAUUGUACUUAUACAAAUCUGUCCUCUUAAUCACUGUAAGUGCCUCGUGUGAACAUCGAAUAUAUGUGUAUGGAUGUGAACGGUUGUUGGGAAUUGUGUAAGUAAGCAGGCUAUUGCUAUAGCAUUUGAUAGUUAUGACAUUAAUGUUUUAUAUUUCAUACUGAUGUUUAUGUCGAUAUAGCAUAACAACUAUACAGUUUACAUACAAACAAAACCGUCCCUUUAGAAUAUCUAAUAGAUUUAUUAAUGUUUGAUCACAAUAAAUGAAAUAUCACUAUUCGAUUUGACUUCU